GUCACAUGAUCAGUGAGCAGCAGCUGCACAGGAGAAAAACACCACAAGAAAAACUGAAUAAAACCUCAGUCUGAGACACAGAGAGGCAUGAAUUUCUGAAAAAACAGCACACAUCAGGAUUGUACUGUUUCUACAGCUCUGGAUCAGCAUGCUGCCUUUUACGUAACGUCUUAUUUGUGGACACUGCGACCCAUGAAUGUCUGAUUGUGAAGUAGCUGUGAGUCAUUUGUUGAAUUUGGCUCUACGCUGAAGAUGAAUGCCCUUGUUGCUCUCUGUCACUUCUGUGAGCUCCAUGGCCCCCGGACGUUGUUCUGCACAGAAGCAUUACACCCUCCAUCCCCGUCCCCUUCCUCCCAAGCAGGCCCUUCAGUGCCUGGGGAACGAGACAGAGACGGUGACCGGGAAGGUGAAGGUCUGACCAUGAGAGCCAACAGCUCGGCCACACAGAGAGGAGAAAUGUGUGAGGGUUGUCGUUCUCUUCCUGCAUCUCACCCGGGCUUUGUGAGUAUUGACGAUGAGACAGGCAUACGCUUUCUGAGCCACCAGCAUCCCAGACAGCCGCAGCUUUUCAGCGUGGUCCGCCAGGCCUGCGUACGCAGCCUCAGCUGUGAGGUAAACAGUGACGUGUGUCCUGGACGUGAAGGACCGAUUUUCUUUGGAGAUGAGCAACAUGGUUUUGUGUUUUCACACACCUUCUUUAUCAAAGACAGCCUUGCCAGAGGGUUCCAGCGCUGGUACAGUAUUGUCAUGGUAGCCAUGGACAGGAUCUACCUUAUCAACUCCUGGCCUUUCCUGUUACGCCACCUUAGACUCACUAUACAGAGCCUGCAAAGCACCGCCCUGAAGGUGUUUGACAAUGAGCAAGGAGUGUGCCCCCAGCGAGCAGUGAGGAUGAACAGUGUGUUCUCUCCGGCAGUUUUUCCACAUCAACGGAGUGGCAACGCAGCCCGUUCACUAACUUCUCUCACACAGCAUCCCAACCUGUGGGCCAGCCUGCACUCUUCCUUUAGCUGGCUGCUGAAGGCCUGUGGUAGCCGCCUGACAGAGAAGCUGCUGGAGGGAGCCCCCACAGAGGACACUCUGGUGCUUAUAGAAAGACAGACAGAGCAAGAGGAAGAAAUGAGCUGCUGGGAGGGAGCAGAAGGAGGCGGAUCAAAGUCACAGCGGCACCAAUCAGAGAUCGAGCGGGCCCGUGACUUCCUGUGUGACGAAGCAAAAUUAGAUGACUUGCCUGGUCCAAAGUUUAGGUCACUGAGGCACUUGAGACAGGUCCUCAGGGCCGCAGAGUUCCGCCAGCUUGCGUGGCACGUGCUCAUGGGAAAUCAGGUCAUAUUGAGAGGCGCAGACCCCGGGCUCAUCCAGUCAGCUUUUACAGUGCUUAAGUCUUUGCUUCCGGUCGGCUGUGUACGUUCUGUGCCACACAGCGCUCAGUACGAGGAGGCCUACAAAUGCAACUUCCUGGGCCUCAGCCCGGAUGUGGCUAUUCCGACUCACGUCAGCUCUUCAGAGUUUUCAGUGCUGGUGGAUAUCACCUCAGAGAGAGGCUGUCAGAUCUCAGCUGUGGGUGAAGACAAUAUCUCCUCACUGUAUCAGUUCACCAUCAGCAGUGCCAAUACACAGCCCACAGACAGGGGUCCGUCGUUACUAAACAAACUGGAGGUGGCCCUGUCUAAUGAGAACUUGUCCGUGGAUGUGGUGUCUCACUGCCUGUUGUGUUUGAAGGAAGAGUGGAUGAAUAAAGUCAAAGUGCUGUUCAAGUUCUCCAAAGUGGAUGGUCGAGGGAGGGAGGACACGCAGAAGGUGCUGGCCCUCCUUGGUACCACGGGGCCGGGCGAGGAGGACAAUGUCAGGCUGCUCAAGUUUUGGAUGACUGGGCUCAGCAAAACCUACAAGAGUCAUUUAAUGACUGCCGUCCGAGGAGGGGAGAGGAGCCCCAGCCAGUGACAAAGAGAGAAGCAGGAGGUAGCAGAUGAAGAAAAGGGAGCUGAAAAGAGGAGGAACCACUGAAGGAAGGAAAGCGAAAGCAAGAAUCUUUUCAUCAAGGGUUCUGCUAAUUGUUUGGGACUUUUAGUGGAGUGAAAGGGAGCUGUGAAUAGAUGACAGAAAGGGUGCGCCUCAUCCAUUAUUAUCUUUCUAAGUAAUGAGAAAUCUAUUGUGUUGCUAACCCUGAUUAUUAUCCAGCACAGAUUAACACGUUCAGUUUGGAUACUGUAAGACGGUUUCUAUUUGUCAAAGGGAAUCUCUUUUCAUACUUAUAUAUAAAAUUUAACUUAUUACAAAAAUAUUCUUUAACUAUUUUGCUGAUGUUUUAAAAUAAAAUAAAUGAAUGUGAA